ACAACUACUGGGAGUCGCGACGCGUGUGGUUAGUAACGUGAUUCUGUUUUUCUUAUUACAGGUCAGUAAAUAGUAAGUUUAUUGAAAGGGCAACAAUCCCUAAGUAAACUGAAUCUGCAGAACGAUUGAUAAAACUAUUUCUCUCAUAAGUUUUCACUUUUUGAACCUUCUUUUUCAAACUUGUAAUUCGCGGCUGUGUAUUUCUUGAUAGUAGCGAGUGAGCUGCCCUUGCGAUCCUUAACUGCCGAAAUUGCCGCCGUAAUCACGUUGAUUACUGGCAGGUGACUAGCUGGCGUCUUGGGUUUCGAUUGGGUUUCAGUUGGCUUUUUACCGUCGUUUUGUAGCGACCCAAUCUCCCGAUAUUGAGGAAAAUUUUAUCAUUUUGGGUAAAUGUCAAUCGUAAAUUUUUGCGGGAGACUGUAAUUUGUGGACGACCUUUGAACGAGUCUUAAGUGACCUUAAGAAAUGCUAGUCAAUCAGUAAACAGUAUAGAGUAAAAAUAUGUUAUACAAAACCAAUGAAUUAAAGUAAAUACACUUCUUUUGCAUGGUCUAAAAGCUUGUCAAGGUUAGAAAAAUGUUCAAAGGUUCUAAAAUCGUAAUGCAUAAGGUAGACAAACUCAUCCGUAUGGCUCCAGAAUUCUUGGUCUCUGGAGCCAUGAUAAUGUCACAAAAACUCUCUCAGCCUCGACCACAUAGCUUCAGUAUUGUUUGUAUGUACUCCGGUCGUGUAAGGUUGUCAUUUUUAUUGCGCAUAUAUCCAUGUGCACCAUUGGUUUGGAAUCAGGGUUUUCCAACUCCCCUAGAUGGACUUUUCGUGUCCACCAACCCAGUUAAAGCGCCAGACAUUCGGUUUUCGUCCUCUCACUUUCGUGAACAACACCCUGGUGCGAGAAGGCAGUGAGUAGGACUUCCCUGACAGAGGCUAUAUACGCGUGGCCAUAUAGCCUCUGCUAGGCGCAUAUGUAUCUGGCGCCCCUUUGUACCAAUAUGUAUGUUUAAAUAAAUAAUAAACAAAUAAAUACGCAUAUAUCCCCACAACGCUCAUACCUCUGAACAGCCGAAGCUUCAGUAACAUCCGCGAAUAUUUUAGCCAAUAAUAUUGGUGCUUUUAUUAUACAGUUUGCGGCGAUGAUUAUAAUUCGGCUUAGUCUCAAUCUAGAUCGAGCGAAAGUUUCUAUUCUAGCAGACGUCUUUCUUCAAUAUAUAUCACAUCGAAGGACAACUUCACGGUAGUUUGCAUAAGGUAAGUAAUUCUUUCGAUCACCGCAAUUACAAAUAAAGGAACUUUUUAGUAGUCCCAUUUAUUGUUGCCGCUUAAUUGUCACGUUUUCUCUAAAACCCACUGUGAGCAUCAGGUACUGAUAUUGGCUCCGUGACCCUGAAAUCCCUUAAACGCUUCUGAUUGGCUCGUCCAUAAAUUAUAGUCCCGCUAUACACUAAAAUCGGGAGGCGAGUGGAUUAAACUAACUUCUUUGAGUUUUUAUUCCAAAACUGUUCUAAUCUGGGGCUUGUGUUACUGCUAAGUGUUGUCGAUUGCUUUCUAUCUUAACUAUAAGUGCAUUCUGUGCGUCUAUUGGUUUUUAGACCCAUCUUUUUAGCCCUCCUCACACGCCACUCUGUAUGCUCCUUUAUUACACAGUAACUUCUGGGUAGAAGCGAACCGCGACAUCUACUGCUCUUUUCUUUGAGACCAGUAGAAUAAACAGUGACAAUUCUAGGAAGCUUUGUAGGACUUCCUUUUAAAUGUUAAGUUCAUCUUGGUGACACUUUUUAAUUCAUCUGAAUUUCGCCUAGUACAAGUCUAUUAUGCAAUCUUAACAUCUAUCCUAGUGAGAUGUAAAAUUCGACUAACCGAUGCGCCAAUUCGUCAAGUUAUGGCACUAAGAGCAAUCACAAUUGUUAUAGAAUGUGAUGAUUUUGAAUAAAAAUGCCUUUCAAGAUUUAUUCAGUGAGAUAUCAAAAUAUAGUUAGAGAAUAUUGACGAUAUAGGAUUUAAACUUCAUUUUACUUUUGGUCGCUCUCAUUCAUAUCUUUUCAUAUCUUCUUUUUUACCACUAUGGGUGUCAGAAUUCGGUAGUUGUGACCAUAUACCAUGGUAAGCAGACUAAGAAGCGUGAGAUCAGUCUGGGUUGCCAAAGUUUCUAAAUUGUUAACAAACUGUUAGGUUGUCGAAUUCUUUCGUUGUAUACCAAGCCUUGAGUAAUACUUUAUACUUGGUUAUUGAAAACCUGUAGGGUAUUAACAAUAAUUUGCAUAUCUGUGUAGUAUUAUUAUUCACCUAAAGUUUAUUUAUUGCACAGAUCUGUGUGUGGUUUCUGAGUUGCAUUUUUAUGUUUCCCAGCAGUUGAGUUGAUAACUUAUGAUCUGAUCACAAAACACAUUUUGCAUAUGUUGGUACUACGUGACUAAAGACUAUCAGGAGGAAUUUCUGAGCCCAGGUCUCUUUCUAGUUUGAACUUAUCGACGGGGACUAAAAUUCUGGGAGACUCUGAGUGACAUGGCUCAGAAUCGAUCACAAUGGCGUAGGUGUAUACACUCUUUAUCUUCCCUUAAAUCUUGAGAUUAAAAUUGCUUCAUAACUUUUUUCCUUCCUAUACUAUAUCCUUAUAUACAAUCUUUCUUUAUAUAAUACCACCACUAAAUUAACUACUUCUAUGAAUCCGGUGUUCAUCUUGUUGUGCUAACGAGGUAUGGCAACUUGGACCUACGUUGUAGCUGACUGACUGACUGAAAAUUCUGAGAAAAAUAUUCUUCUCGUGAUCUGAACCCUUAGUCAGCCUGUGCCAGUUGGAAACAUUACCUACAAGCUAUUCACUUCUCUGAUAGCCUCCCCACAGGACUAAGAUAUUUACAAUUGUCAAUUUUGAGGGUCAAUCACUGUCGUGUUUGUUUAGUUCUUGAUAGUGAUCGACAAAAUUCGAUCAUUAAUGUACUUUUGUUGGCAGUCGAGACAAACCUUGGCAGUAGUUGUAAAUAUUAUUUAUCGACAAUAAUGUUGAGAAUUAGUCUUCAGCUUUGAUGCAUUUAUUAACGUAAUCUAAGGUAAUCGCAUAGUAACAAUUCGCUUUCUAUCUUACUGGAUAAACAAGGAUGUCCCAAAAGUUACAUAAUGGUUAAUUACUGACUUCCAUAAAAGGUAAGUUUACCAUAUUAUGUCUCACUAUCAAUCGCUUUUACUCCUCUCAUAGAUGUACUCGUUCAUCAUAUACUUUAUUGAUGUUUUUCGGUAUUUUAGUCUCAGCAAGUAACUCUUGCUCUUUCAUCUUUUGUGUUGAUUUCCGAUACUUAGUUUGUGUUUUUUUAGUGCUGUAUACAAUAGUGGUCAAUUGACGAACUUACACGAUGAUUUCUCGUCUUGGGAUAUGUCAGUCAGCCAUUACAAGGUGUCUAAGACAGCAUGCCUCGGCGUAUCACAAAAAUGUCAUAGAUCAUUAUGAGAACCCUCGUAAUGUAGGCUCAUUCGAUAAGAAAGACACGUCUGUUGGUACUGGUUUGGUUGGUGCACCGGCCUGCGGAGAUGUCAUGAAGCUUCAAAUAAAGGUAGAUGAAAAUGGGAAAAUAGUAGAUGCGAAAUUUAAAACAUUUGGUUGUGGUUCCGCAAUUGCAUCUAGUUCACUGGCAACUGAAUGGGUUAAAGGUAAAACAAUUGAUGAAGCUGCAAAAAUAAAAAAUAGUGAUAUUGCCAAAGAACUAAAACUUCCACCUGUCAAAUUGCACUGUUCUAUGCUUGCUGAAGAUGCUAUCCAGGCUGCUAUUAAAGAUUAUAAGAAAAAGUCUACUUGA